UGUCUCUAAAUUAUAACAUUAAUAAGAUUCAAUAAGAGAAAUUAUUUAAAAAAAUGGAGCCUCAAGAAUCCAGAUCAGUACAACAUACUUUACACAGAAAAAUGUCCCAAACCCAAAUAUGCAGCGGUACAAAUUUAAUAAGUCGACCAGACAUUAAUUGUCAAUCGAAUAGUACAGUAACGGGAAUGUUUGUAGCCGUUGAUGGUGAAGAAGAACUAAAGAAUUUUCGAUUAAAUGCAACAUCAAUUUUAAAUAUGUCAAAAAGUGCACCGCAAACCACUUACAAGAUAUCUGAAACUGCAGUUAAUAAUUCGGAUACUAUUUCAACCAGUACGGCUUACGAUACCUUCUCCACAUCUUCAAACAUCAAAAACAACACAGAAGAGCUAUCCAAUGAUACCCUAGGUAAUUCAACGGACACCGAUCGGACUUCUUCAGUUGAGACUGUAGUUUUUUCUUCUGAAACAAGCAAUGCUGCCGUAAGAUCUAAUGAAGACAUCCUUAAACAAUUCAAUCUAAUUAGAAUGACGCAUUAUAUUUUAAUGUAUUCAACCCUUCAAAGAGUAUCAUCUGCAAUGUACAGUCCAAAUAAAAUUCAAGAAACCACAAUAAUAUACAGCGAUAUUGUUAGUCAUGAAGCAGAGAUGAUGCCCUCAAAAUCGUGGAUAAACGUUUGUCGAAUAUGUUAUGGUACAGAAAGCUAUGAAGCAUUAAUUGGUCCAUGUAAAUGUCGAGGAUCCAUUGCGUUUGCACAUCAUUCGUGCUUGGAACGUUGGCUGCGCGAAUCAUCCCGAAGUCGUUGUGAGCUCUGUAGAUUUAAAUACCAAAUAAUUCGCACGCCUAAGUAUAGUAUGCUAAGAGGCAUUUUGAUUUGGAUAUUUGUCCCUGCCGAGCACAGUAAAGAACUAUAUAGUGAUAUUUUAGGAUUUUGUCUUUAUACACCAGCAGCUUUACUGGCUACGUAUUUGUUAUUGGUUUCCUGUGAAAGUGUUCGACAAAUUAUGAUGAUACGAAAAUCUUUUGUGGGCAAUUUAAUGGCGUUUAUUGCAAUUACAGUUUAUUUUGAAGGCAUGGCAUCUAUUGAUUUUGCGUAUUCUACGUGGUUAAUAUUACGAUUUCGAAAACAUAUGGAGUCAUGGCAUCGAUGGUGGAGUAAUAAUUGCCAUUUAACAUUAGUAAUACCACCUCAAGAUGGACAUUUUACAAGUUUAUUAGGAAAAUCAAUUGAAACGUUCAUCGCUAAUCGAUAAUAUAAAUUGAUAAGUAAUAUUAAAUAACAAUUAAAAAAAACUAUUAUGAUAAAAUAAU